ACACCUUGAGCAUCGUGUUCUGAAAUGCAUCUUUAUUAAUCUUUUUAUCAGCAAUAAUCUUCCCCACUAGGCAAAGUUUUCCUGUGUCCAUGGUAUCUUUUAUGUCUUUACCUUUUAUUACUAUCUCAUAGUACCUUUCCUCCUCUGCAAGAGAGAACUUGUUCCAUAAUUCUGGUAGUUUUUCAUCCAUCUUGUACCCAGUAACACAGUCACAAAGCUUGUAGUAACCUAAGUUUCAGAGCAGUUAAUAGUAAUUAGCUAAAUCUUGCCCAGGCUUUUUUCUUUUCUGUAUUUGUUUAAAUUACAGCGCAGUUCGUAUUUAUUGUUUAUGCGUUAUAUGUAUCUGUCGUAUGAUAUAUUUGUGACAAGUAAAGGACUGCAUGUGCUUUAGAAGGUCCCUUUUGUCUUCUAUAAGCUUACCCUUUUGACUUUUCUCUCUUCCCCGCGAAUUUAGCAGCUCAUUAAACCCCGUAUCACUUUCAAUUGUUGCCUCAUUUUAGCUGAGAAGCCAUCUAAGAACUCUCCUCUCCCAACCUUAAUUUCACGCUGUUUCUCUCUUUCUCUCCACCCUAAUUAUGUUAAUCCGAAAGCAAGCGGCUACCACCGCAUGGUCGGAGAGAUCAGAGAAAUACAGCAGAAACAAAGAAGCCCCGUGGUCCAUCAUGUUCUUCAAUAUUCCCGACAAGUUGAGCCGACGUCUCAAUAUCUUCUUACUCUCUGUCUUUCUCUUAGCUUGGUUUUCUGUGCUCCUUCUUUGGUUCCCGACCACGAACACUACUACUCCCCAACCAAACCAUAUCAAUGAGACAAAAUCACAAGCCCAUAUUCCCAUGUGCGACGGCAGCGUGUCUGUGUACGUUUAUUCAUUGCCGCCUGAGUUCAACGUUGGCCUUCUCGACGACUGCCACCAUCUGAACGUGUACACCGACAUGUGCCCCCACGUCGCAAACUGUGGUCUCGGCCAGCUUCUUUCCGGCAUGGGCUCCGGCGCCUCUUGGUUUGCCACCCACCAGUUUAUCGCCGAGAUGAUCUUCCACGCACGCCUGGAGAAUCACCCGUGUCGCACCUGGGAUCCUAGCCGUGCCGGCUUGUUCUACAUUCCCUUCUACGGUGGCCUCCACGCUUCAAGCAAGUUCCGGGAGCCAGAUCUGAAAGUACGGGACGCCUUGGCCGUCAAAUUGGUGGAGUUUCUUCAAGCUCAGCCGUGGUGGCUAAAGCACCACGGGAAGGACCACUUCUUGGCCUUAGGGAGGACCGCCUGGGAUUUCAUGAGGUUGGAAGAGGGUCCCGACUUUGGAGCAAACAGUCUCCUGAACCUUUCACCUGUUCAAAACAUGUCGGUGCUGACCGUAGAGAGAAUUCCUUGGAAGAGUUCAAACCAACACGGUAUUCCCUACCCAUCUUAUUUCCACCCGUCCACGGCGAACGAGAUGCUGACGUGGCAGAACAAGAUGAGGCAGUCCGAGCGUCCCUACCUGUGGUCCUUCGUGGGGGCCCCACGGAAAGGUCUGGAAAAGGCCGCAAUAAGGGACAAGAUAAUAGCACAAUGCGCCGGGUCGACUCGGUGCAAGCUAGUGAGAUGCGGGAGUGCACAGAGCAAGUGCCACGAGCCGAGCGAAGUGCUGGGCGUGAUGGCAACGUCUCGCUUUUGCCUGCAGGCCCCCGGUGACUCGUUCACACGGCGGUCGACGUUCGACUCGGUUCUCGCAGGCUGUAUACCGGUCUUCUUUUCGCCACACACGGCAUACACUCAGUACGCAUGGUACUUACCGGAAGAUCCAGACGCGUACUCGGUGUACAUAGAUGAGAAAGGGAACGGAAGCCAGAGAAUAGAGGAGGAGCUGUUGAAGAUUCCGAGAGAGAGAGUGGAAUUAAUGCAUGAUAGGCUGAUAGAAAUGAUCCCGAGACUAACGUAUGCGCACCCAAAUGCGAGUGGUUUUGGGUUCAGAGAUGCUGUAGACGUUGCUCUCGCUGCGUUGUCCAAACACGUGUUGACGAAGACAUUGUGAUCAGUGGAAAGCAAAAGACUCCACCCACUCUGUAGGACUUUGUGAGCGGGCAAGAAGUCUGACAUUAAAAAAGAGCAUUCGUGUGUGAUAUUACGUGUGGUUAAUAAUUUUGCAAUUAUUUUAUUUGAUGUUUCAUGCGGAUGAUGUGCAAUUGUUUCUUUCUGUUUGUCUUAUUUUCCGGACGGGGGCACUAAGACAAGAAGCAAAUUUAGAUGCUCAAUUUUUAGGGGCUUUUGUACAUUAAUGUCUACUACCGACCGAGAAUCAAGUUUUAUUUCUUUUA